UCAUAAAAUCACAAUUAUUUUCUCAUACUAUAUCUCAAUUCUCUUUCAGAAUUAUCACACUCCUACCUACAAAGAAUUUGGCUGUCAGAGCUUUUCUAUUUUCCGGUGCAAUGAUAAUUGAUGUGUUGAUAUUUGCUUUUCUAGCCAAGUAUUGCUACAAAUACAGAAAAAACACAGCAGCAUAUAAAGAACCCUCCUCACUAAAACAAAAUUCGGAAGAAGUCAAGUCGGAUUAA